UGAUGCUGCGCGGAAAAAGCUGGAUGCAAACUUGUCACUUUGAUGCAGUUGUUUGAGCGACAACUACUUUUUCAUUGCUGAAGCAUUCAAGUGUGAGGAAACUAUAUUGCUACUCACCUCUUAUUAAUGAACAGUUUUGUAUUACUCAAUUACUAAAGAAUUUCAGUAUUUUGAACUACAGAGACAAAACUGAUUUGAUGGAAACAUGGUGGGUGCUACUAACGGACCCGUAGCCUUGAAUACAUUUCUGUUUGUCGCAUUGGUGUCAUUUUCUUCGGGAAAUUCCAAGCUGCCUCUGUAUUAUGGACAAAUUAUGGAGAACUUACCCGCUGGAACUGUGGUGGACGGGGUCGUUUUGCCGGUUGGAAAUGACUGUCAUGUUACGGAACUGGACAUCGCUUUGGAAGGGAAAGAUGCAUCGGAUUUUCGUUUGGUUUACGAUCACAGAGAACAGCCUCUUGUUUUACAAUCCACAAAAACUUUAGACAGGGAGUUUGUAGCAGUGUACGAUUUGAAGGCUGUUCUUUCGGGUUGUUUGGUUAAUGUCAUGGUGAUUAAAAUCAAGGUGCUUGAUUCAAACGACAACAUACCACAGUUUAUAAACGGAAAAGACACGAUUGAAGUCAAUGAAUUGACUCCUGUCGGUUCUGAAUUGGCCCGUUUUUCUGCAACCGAUGCGGACGAUGGAAAGAACGGUCGAAUCACUUAUUACGCAUAUCCAAAAUGCCCACAUUUGCACAUAGUUCCCCAAACUGGACAGGUAAUGCUGGUCAGUUCUUUCAAGGGUGUCAUGAACAUAACAGUGCGUAUUUAUGCUAAAGAUAACGGAGAUAUCGCACUGAUAGGUAAUCCAGUGACACUUCACCUUGAUGUGCGGAGACCUGCUAUCUCGAAGGUUAGGAGGCCGAGAGCGGUUUCUGAGGAAAUGUUUUACACAGUGACUGUCUCCGAGGACGUCAAAGUCGGGGACAUGAUAUUUACCGUGCCUGACCAGAAGUUUGAGAAAAGGUGGUUCGAGGUGAUAUCAGAGGCAGACUCCCCGGUUCAGAUCGAAAGGGACUCAGGUCGUCUGUAUCUUGCGCACAGACUGAAGUCCCCAGCGGAGGUCACGAUCAAAAUCCAAAACCUCAGAGGUGAUGAGUGGUACCGGUGCCGGCUGACCCUGACCGUGCCCACCUUGGCAGACCUGCAGUGGGACAUGUUUCCACAGCCUUACCUGGGCGCAGUGGGACCGGACGCUACAGCUGGCUCUGUGGUCUACCGCCUUACUGCCCGCCAACGAGACGGAACCAUAGGAAAUGCCCACUUCCUGUUACUGGACGGUGGUGAGGAGUCGUUUGAGGUGGACCGCAGUUCAGGGGAGGUCAGGACAACAGGGCGACCCCUGACCCCAAGCAGGGAGUACAUGCUGAGGGUGCAGGCGGUGGACGCGCAGGGCAGGAAGGGUCCCCCUGCAACUGUAGCUAUCCUGGCAGGGUUCCGCCCCCCGCAGUUCACCAACACCUCCUAUACCCUGAGUGUCCCAGAAAACACGGCGGUUGGGCAAGCGGUGGCAAUGGUGCAGGCCAUUUCCUUCCAGAAGAAGAGUCUGUCUUACAUGCUGCUGGUGAACCCUGGCAACCUGUUUAGUGUCAACCAGGAGACUGGAGCCCUCAGCCUCACGCGGCCCGUCGACUUUGAGAGUGGCCACACACUCCACACACUGCAGGUCAGGGCGUCUGAGCCAGACACAGGCCUCAGCGGUGUAACAGAGGUCGUGGUUCACGUCACAGAUGAGAAUGACUGCACCCCAGAAUUCCUCCACUCCAUCUACAGCAGGGAUAACAUUCCUGAAGCCACUGCCCCUGGAACGUCACUUCUGCAAGUUCUGGCGAGGGACUGUGACACGGGCCUGAACUCAGAGCUCUCCUACUUCAUUCAGAGUCCUGACUUUGACAUCACUUCCAAAGGUGUGGUCAGUCCCAGCCAACGGCUGGACUAUGAGCGGCCGAAUCACAUGUAUGAGUUUGUAGUGGUCGCUGUGGACAACGGAACACCACCCCGCACUGGAACCGCCUCCAUCCGGUUCAGAAUGGCCAAUACCAAUGACCAGGCUCCGGUGUUCUCACAGACAGUCUAUAAGACAUUCCUGUCGGAGGAUGCAGGUCCUGACACUCUGGUGGCCAUCGUUCAUGCCAAGGACCCUGAUGGAGAUGGGGUCUCCUACGCCAUUACGGGGGGCAACGAGGACAGCAACUUUGAGCUGGACAACCAGAAGGGCAUCAUCAAACUACGGCGGAGCCCCCCUCCUGUCUUACGUGGCCCCCAAUACAUCCUGAACAUCACGGCCACUGAUGACAACGCAGCAGGGGGGCCAUAUCCCCUCAGUAACUCCGCCCAGGUCAUAGUGGGCAUCAAUGAUAUCAACAACAACAAGCCUGUGUUUGAAGAGUGCCAUAACUACAGCGCCAACACCGCUGUACUGGAGAACCAGCCCCCCGGGACGUUUGUCCUGCGCGUACACGCUCUCGAUGCCGACAUGGGGGUCAACGGAGAGGUCAGAUACGGAAUCAUGCACCGAGACGGAACGUCAUCCGGCUUUGUCAUCGACUCUGACACAGGUGUGAUCAGCACCACGUUGAGUUUCGACCGGGAGCGCCAGAGGGAGUACACCCUGUCUAUCACGGCAACAGACCUGGCCCAGGAACCCCUCAUCGGCAUUUGCCAGAUCACCAUCCUUAUUGCCGACCAGAACGACAAUGACCCCAAGUUUGAGAACAGCCGCUACCAGUACUUCCUGCGCGAGGACACACCGGUGGGAACUAGCUUCCUGCGAGCGGCGGCACACGAUGAUGACCAGGGAAGUAACGCGGCUAUCACCUACUCUCUGUCCCGCCAGCAGCCAGCCUACCUGCACAUCAACCCCAGCACUGGCUGGGUGUACGUCAACCAGCCCAUCUCCCAGACUUCACGGAUCAACCAGCGGAUCGUGGCCACGGACGGGGGCAACAGGAGCAGCUCGGUUGAGCUCACCGUCAUCAUCACUAACGUGCACAACCAGCCUCCGCAGUGGGAGCGGGCCGAGUACUGGAUCACCGUGCCGGAGAACACCGUCCGCGACGCCAAGAUAGUGACAAUCAAGGCCACAUCUCCUCUGGGUGACCCUAGAGUGACCUAUAACCUUGAGGAGGGUCAGGUCCCGGAGACCAACAUGCCUGUCCGCUUCUACAUCAAGCCCAACCGAGCUGACGGCUCUGCGUCCAUACUGGUGGCUGAGAACCUGGACUAUGAGACCACGCGCUUCUUCACGCUGAGAGUCCGAGUACAGAACGUAGCCGCUGUCCCUCUGGCCUCCUUCACUACUGUCCACGUAAAUGUUACAGAUGUAAACGACAAUGUUCCCUUCUUCCUGUCCUCCACCUACGAGGCCACAGUCCCGGAGGGGGCAGAGGUGGGGACGUCUGUGGCCCAGGUCUCCGCUACGGAUCUUGACUCAGGUCUCCAUGGACGGAUUAACUACGUGAUCCUGAAGGAUGAGAGCGGAGACUCUCAGUACUUUAGUAUUAACUCCUACACGGGGGUCAUCCACACCCGGGCUUCCUUUGACCGUGAGCAGAAAGGUUCCUACCUGAUAGAGGUCCAGUCUCAGGACAGCUCAGAGUCAGCCAGACCCGGACAGCAGGGUCAGCCCAACACAGACACUGCCUACGUGCGAAUUUUGGUGACGGACGUCAACGACAAUGCUCCAGCGUUUGCCCAAUCGGUGUACGAAGUGAGUGUGGAGGAAGACAAGGAAGUGGGCUUCGUCCUCAUCACCGUUACAGCCAAUGAUGAAGACGAAGGUGCCAAUGCCAAGCUCCGCUACCAGAUCAGCUCUGGCAACACCAUGGGCACCUUUGACGUAGAGCCAGAGGUGGGCACCAUCUUUGUGGCGCAGCCGUUGGACUACGAGAUGGAGCAGCGUUACGAGCUGAGGCUGGUGGCCUCCGACGGGAAAUGGGAGAACGAAAGCCUAGUGGUCGUCCAGGUGGUGAACCGCAACGAUGAGGCGCCCGUCUUCGGCCAGACGGAGUACCACGCCGCCGUCACGGAGGAGCUGAGCGAACUGCCCGUCUUCGUGCUGGAGGUCUCCGCCACUGACCCUGACCAGGAAGCAGACCAGAGUGCCCUGCGCUUCUCCCUCCACGGCCAGGGAGCUGGCAGUGAGUUCACCAUUGAUGAACGCACAGGUCACAUCUAUGCCCAACGCCGCCUGGACCGCGAGGAUCGCCCCGCCUGGCGCUUCCUGGUUCUGGCCACGGAUGAGGGAGGGGCAGGACUCACUGGCUUCGCUGAUGUCCUUUUGGAAGUUCGUGACAUCAACGACAAUGCGCCUUUUUUCCCGUGCUCGACCCCAGACGCUUCGGGCUGCUUCGUUGGACAUGUGCCUGAAAACUCCCCUGCCGACACCUCAGUCAUGGAAAUGAGAGCCACUGACUUAGACGACCCCAAGGCUAACAAGAACGCCAUACUGACCUACCGUAUCGUCCAGAAUGUCCGCAACGAAAUAAACCUCAAUCUGUUUUCAAUAAACCAUUCAACCGGAACCAUCCGUACAGUUCUGCGGUCUCUGGACCGCGAGGUGGAGGACCGCUAUCUGGUUGUGGUUGAGGCCAGGGAUGGCGGGGGUUUGACCGGGACUGGAACGGCCACUAUCAUGGUGUCAGACGUGAAUGACCAUCCCCCAGUCUUCACCCAAAGGGUCUACACUGCCCAGGUGCUGGAGGACUUAGAGGUGAACAGUGAGGUUCUGGUCGUCUCUGCCACGGAUGGCGACCAGGGUGAGAAUGCGGUGGUCACAUUCAGCAUUGUCGGGGGUGAUGAGGACAGGAAGUUCUUUGUGGAGACAGACAAGACGAACCGGCGUGGCGUGGUGCGGCUGAAGAAGAAGAUUGACUUUGAGAAGCCCCAGGAGAGAACGUUCAACUUGACUGUGAAGGCGGAAGAUGCAGACUUCUUCAGCCUGGCCUAUUGCCUGGUUGAGGUGGAGGACUCCAAUGAUCACGCGCCUGUUUUCUUCCCACAGUUCUAUGAAGCACCAGCCAUGUCUGAGGACGUAUACGUCGGCACCAUUGUGGCCCAGGUCACCGCUGCCGAUCUCGACUCGGGCCUAAACGGCCGAUUCUCCUACAGCAUCGCCAAAGAGUCUGACCCCUACGGACAGUUCCUAGUGGACCAGUCUGGCUGGGUGGUGGUUGCUGACUCUCUGGACCGGGAGAAAGUGUCUCAGCACAGACUGAUGGUCCUUGCCACGGACACCGGCAGUCCGCCACUCACUGGCACUGCCAUCGUGAUGGUGGCCGUUCUGGACAUUAAUGACAAUGGGCCAGAGUUUGAGGCGCCCUAUAGGCCCAUCGUGUGGGAAAACAUGGCUGCCCCGCAGGCAGUGAGACUAAAUGAUACUUCCCUGCUUCUCCACGCCGCAGACCGCGACUCCACACCCAAUGGCGGACCGUUCUCCAUCCGUCUCCUGAUGUUAACCUCAGAUGCCACCAACUUCAACCUCACCGACCUGCGCAAUGGCAGCGCCGCACUGACCGCCCUACGAACCUUUGACCGCGAACGCCAGAAGGAGUACCGCCUUCCCAUUCUCAUGAUCGACAGCGGCUCUCCUCCAAUGAGCUCAACCAGCACGCUGACAGUUGUCAUCGGUGACAGGAAUGACCACCCCCACUCUCCCGGCCACACAGACUUCUUUGUGUACAGCUACCAAGGUAUUCUCCCCACGACGAUGCUUGGACAGGUUCAAUCCCCUGACCUUGACGAUUGGAGCGAGAAGGUUUACCGAUUUGAAGGCAAACCCCCCAGCAGGUUGUUCAGUCUGAACCACACGUCUGGCCUGUUGAGUAUCAGAGAGGGGGCUCCUGUUCCUGUGGGUUCCUACAGCCUAGAGGUGCGUGUGUCAGACAGGACCUGGCCAGAUGUGACCUCCACCGUGGAGGUGGUCAUCAUGGAGCUGGAGGAGAAGGCGGUCCAGAACGCUGGCUCUUUGCGCCUGUCCAAUAUCACAGUGGAACAGUUCUUCAGCAGUGCACCCGGCCAGGAAAGUCCUUUCUCACGCCUGGGUCGUCUCCUUGCCGAACUUCUUCAGACGGCCCAGGACAACGUCCACGUCUUCUCUGUGGCCAAAAGCAGUCACCAUGAGCGCGAGGUGGACGUGUGGUUUGCUGCACAUGGCUCGCCGUACUACAAGGCCGAGAAACUCCACGGCAGUGUGAUGGCGCAUAGAACUAAGUUUGAAGCAGGCCUGGGCGUGUCCAUCUCCCAGGUGGGCGUGGACGAGUGUCCCUUCACAGACUGCAGUCAGUGGGGCGGCUGCAGCAGCGACGUGACCUUCAGCCUCACCCCCACCGCCCUGAGCUCCGGGAACAUCACCCUGGUGUCAGUGUCGGCCUCCUCGGAGGCCCGCUGCGGCUGCCGGGCCAGGGAGAGCCUGCACCAGGCCUGCUCCUCCUACCCCCGAAACCCCUGUCUCAACGGAGGCAUCUGUCAGGACAGUGAGCUGGGAUACAGGUGCAAGUGUCAACCCAUGUUUGAUGGGCCUGAGUGCCAGCAGACUAAACACACCUUCCGCGGCCAGGGUUACGCUUGGUUUCCUCCCAUCAGGCCCUGCUUCCAGAGCCACAUCUCACUGGAGUUUCUGACUGAGUCAGCCAAUGGGCUGCUGCUCUUCAAUGGCCCAAUGGGCCCCGCCCAGCCUGGAGAGCAAGAGGACUUCAUCUCUCUGGAAUUAAAGAAUGGCAUUCCAACCCUCAGCAUCAACCAUGGAUCAGGAAUGCUGACGCUCCAGCUACCAGCCAAAUCCACCAUCACAGACCGCCGAUGGCACCGCCUGGACAUCAUCAGUGACGGAAAGGCAGUACAGCUGAUACUAGACCAGUGUUCAGGGGCAGUGGUGAACGAGGUGGAGGGUCUGUCAGUGGAAGUGCUUGAGACAGACCAGUCUGGCUGCAAAGCUUCUGGAGAAACCCCUGGGAACCAGAGGUUCUUGAAUGUGAACCAACCUCUGCAGCUCGGUGGAGUGAAGGACACGUCCACGUACCGACACUACAAGGCCUUCACUGGCUGCCUCAGGAACCUGGUGGUCGAUAGUCAGGUGUAUGAUCUGGGCAGUCCGGGGGAGAGCGUGGAUAGUGCUCCGGGCUGUGGCCUGACAGACGGGGUGUGUGUGACGGCAGGGGGACCCUCCUGCGGGGUUCAUGGGACAUGUCUGGGCGAGUGGGGCUCCUUCAGCUGUGACUGUCACCCCGGGUUCAGUGGUCACAGGUGUGACAGAGCUCUGGCAGAAUGGUCCUUUGAGAGGGACAGUGUGCUGCGCUACCAGUUGAGGGGGGGAGGGAGUCCCCGUCGUACACACACCCAGCUCCUGCUUCGCACACGCUCCUCCUCAGGCACCCUGCUCUCCAUGACGUCCCGCGACGCCAACGAAUACAUUGUCCUCGAGAUUGCGGAAGGCUACCUGUCAGUGCGGGCCAACCUUGGCGACAGUGCUCACUCCCUCCGCCUGGCCAGCCAGCGGGUUGAUGGGGGCCAGUGGGUCCUUGCCAGCCUGCAUCGUCAUGACAACCUCUUCACGCUGCGCCUGGAACAAGGCGGUGGCUCGCGGGAGGUCAGGGCCUGGCUGGGGAAUCGGCGGGAGAUUGUGGUACACCCCUCUAGUGUCCUGCUGGGGAAUGGACCCACACUGGCACAACAUGCUGACUUCCAGGGCUGCUUAAGGGAUGUGAGGCUGAAUGGCCAUUCCCUUCCUCUGGAUGGUCAGAGUUCAGAGUUCAUCACAGUUUUGGAGCGGAGGGGAGUGACGCCAGGCUGUCACUCAGACGCCUGCAGCUCCAAGCCAUGCCACACCCCCCUCUACUGUGUGGACCUGUGGAGGAAACACCAGUGCAGGUGUCCAGGUGGCCAGGUGUCGGUGACAGACGAGUCAUCCGGCCACCAGCGAUGCGUGCCCUCCCCCUGUGGGCCGUCGGCCUGCCGCAACGGGGGAGCCUGUCACGCCCUGACCCCUGACAGCUGGCAGUGCCGCUGCCCCGAGGGGUUCAGAGGUCAGCGGUGUGAGGUGGGCCAGAUGAAAGCCCACCGCAUGGCCGCCCUCAGCCCCAGCUCCAUCCUGGCCAUCAGCAUGUGUCUGCUCGUCUUCUUUGCAGUGCUAGUAGCUGUGACAGUGUGGAACCAGAAGGGAAGCCGGAGUAAGUUUCAGAACCGGGGCGUUUACCACAUCCCUGCAGAACACCAAAGCUGGGAGGACAUCAGAGAGAACAUCCUCAAUUACAAUGAGGAGGGAGGAGGAGAGCAGGAUCAGAAUGCCUAUGACAUCACGGAGCUAAAGAGGCCCCUGUGCUCCAGCCUGUCCCAAUCCUCCUCCUGCACCACUGCCCCACUCAUCAAGUCCUCCCAGGGCUCCCAGGAGGAGGUACACCCCGCCAGCUCAGCUUGCAGCUCGGGGGCCCCAUACCUCCACAUCCCACACCACCACCAUCACCACCACCACCACAAUCACCACACUAGCAGUGCUAGCUAUACAAAUAGUAGCAAUGAUGCUCACGCUAGCACGGUGGGCCACUGCGCCAUGGACUUCAAGAGCUACGUGGCGCGCAUCAUCUGGGAGGCCGACAACGACGGUCAGGUGUUCCCCCUGGAUAGCCAUCACAUCUGGAGCGUUGAGGGCACCGGGUCCCCGGUCGGUAGCCUGAGCUCGCUAGGCUCUGCUAUCUCCCGUGACAAAGCAGAGGAGGCGGAGGGAGCCGCGUUCAGCUACGACCGGCUGUCCCACUGGGGGGCCAAGUUUGAGGCUCUUAGCGAGAUGUACGAGCGUCCAGAGCUAGAGCUGACUUACAGGGACGCUGUGAAUUAUAACCAGAGGAGCCGUAGCCAGGACCACCUGCCACAACCGCUUUAGGGGUCUUUUUCAGCCACGACGCAUCAUACACAGCAACCCUGACUGACUUUGUUUCUGCUGUUGAUUGUGUGUGGUGUCAGUGCUGCUUGGUUGUCAGGAGAACAUCUGACAGAAAGUUGGCUCCUGCUUUUUUUCCCAUGUUGACAGGUUUGCUGAAGCUUUAUGUGGUGAGAGAGGGCACAAAGUGAGAUGCGUUUAUUUAUUUGGUUUUAUUUCUCUCCGUGAAGUGGUGAAACUGUAUUUAUUUUAUCUUUUAAAUGAUUUGAACUAACAGGGGAAUACUGUUUAUCUUAUGUGUUAUUUGUCAAAACUAUGUUACUGAUACCCAUUUAUUUUGUAUUAUAAAGCUUUUGACAUCCUGUUGGAUCAUGAUGAAGUCAUGCUUUUACAUUUUGUCCUGUGGUGUAAGGAUGCCCUCCACAAGGUCUGCUUUUCUCCUUCAGUUGAGAAUAUGGUAGAUAUAUAGAGUUUGAUUCAGGACAGAUCUUAUUUGACUAAAAGACAAUUAAGGAAAACAGUCAACAGCAGAUCUUUUUCCUUUACACACGUUAUCAGACAUUAUAGAGCCUAGACUAUUGUCAAAUGCGUUCCCUUUUAAUCAGGCUCAAAUUGCACUAGUGGAUGAUUCUCAGUCUUGAUUGUAGAAUUCAUUUGCCAAAAAAAAUAAAUACAUCCUUUAAAAAUGCUUAGAACUGUAAAAGCAUCCUUAACAUGCCUGGUGAGAAAGAUUCAUUUGGCAUCACUGUUGUGUUAUGGAAUAAUGUUGCAGAUAGGAAGAUAUUUUUAUACUCCACUAUAGAUACUGAAACCAGCCCUCGUGUGCACUGUGUUGCUCUGUCUUACAAUGAUGUGCUGGGUGGUGUUCCUUUCUUCUAUUUCUAGCUCUGUGUUGGUACAGAGAUGGUGUUGUGUGUGAUGCCAAUCAUUUCUGACAUUUCCUGUGUCUAUCGUCUUGGAAACAAGAGGGCAGUAGGUCCCCACAUUGUCAUGACAACUGAUGAAUGUAUCGUGCUGGAGGUGCCAGGAAAUGAAAUGUUCCUACUGGGAAGGGGUUGACUAAGGCGGAGUAGUUGUGAUUGGGCAAAGAAAAAGGGGACAGUACAAUCACCGAAACUCCAUUGCCUACAAUUAUUUUGAAAUGAUCUGAUUGAAAUCGUUCUAUUUUUGUUGCACCGUAGGCAAACAGAACCCCUCCAAAAAACAAGCUCUCCAAAAUGUAUUUUCUUUAUAGGUCCUAUAUAUAGCUGUAUAAACACAUUGUUCCCAUGUCUCUAACGUUACUUUGAUACACAGUGGGGAGGUGAGAACCAGGAACACCUCACUAACUAACACAUUGAUAGAAUCUCGGUUGGCUAUUAUCUCCUCACAGUGUCUACAUUCCAAAUGUUCCCACUAGAGACUGUACUCAGCUAUGCAUCCAAAUGACCAGGGGUGAUGUUUGUACGCUGGUGUCUGUUCCAAAUACCACAUGCACCCUUACAUCUGUUCCCUAAUGAUUAAAGGCCUAUUUUUGCAUAUUUUAACUUAGACCUGAAGAUUGCAGUGGAUAAUCAUGGCUGCAGUCAUUUACUGAAUUUGUCUCACUUUGAAUCAAGAACUCACAAAUACAGGAAGUAUUCACUCUUCACACUCCAACAAUGACAAUAGUAGCCCUUCUUAAUGUGUUCUGAACUCCUUGUUCCAUUUUAUUAUCUAUAUACAAUGUACAUACUGUAUGUUUUAUAGCAAUGUCCCAUAUUCCUUUUGUAUAUGACUUUUAAUAAAAAUACAUUUUCCUCAA